AUGGCCGACGUAAAAGCGCUGCUGAAAGAGGCGAAGAAAUUGCUCGUCGAGGAGAAAAAUGAGGAAGCGAUGGAGUUGUGUGAGAAAGCAAUCGAAGAGGGAACAAAAGAAUACAUGGUAUACUGCUUUGCCGCUCUUGCAAACGCCAAUCAGGAGUACCCGGGGGAUGCAUCCACACAUUAUUUCGAGGCGAUAAAGUUGGAUCCAAGCAAGCCAACUGCGUGGCAAGGACUCUUCAAACUCUACGACACUUUAGGAUUGCCCAUCGAUGACCGAGCGAUUGAAACGGCUGAAAAAGUGAUGGAAUUUGCGGAAAAUAAUGAGAAACGAGAGCAAGCCAAACAGAAACGACGGGAAUACUUGUGGUAUUUGCGAAAAUUCUCCAUUUUAAAGGAUGAUGUUGGGACAAAAACUGAUUUCUUGAAACAAGUCGCCACUUACAUGCUUGAACGGGAGAACAAAAAUGAGACCGAGAAAACAUUGAUGUUGAAUUGUUUGAAAGCGCUUGAUGAUGAGCUAUGGAAAGAUCAAAAACUACACCUGGCUUUUGUUUGCUAUCAAGUUGGAAUUUCCAAGUCAUACGUCGAUUGGGAGCCAGAAGUUCUGAAAUUUAUCAAAGCACAUCCACAGCCUAAUGACUGGAUUAGGCAAAAGGUUGAGUUUCUACUCCACGUAUCGAUUUUGACAAAUGGGGCACUCUCUGAUGAGCUUUUCACAUACUACGUGGAAACAUAUAAUGAAAACAAAGAUGAUUUUCCAUUCUCGCUUUUUGAUGCUGUUGCGAAUGAGGAGUGGGAAGAUGCCACUGAUGUGAUUCUGGAGAUCCCCGAUGCCUCAUUUUCUGCUUAUCCAAUGCCCCCGUCGAUUUUCUCGGCAAUUCGUGUUUUCUACGAUGAUGAAAGUUAUGAAAAGUGUCUUCGUUUGAUAGCCAUCGCUCUACCACAGGUCAACGCUGAACCGACAAUUAAAGAUGCUCUCCUUGGAUAUAAAGCCUCGUCACUUUACAACAUGAAAUCCGUGGAAUCAUUUCGCUUGGGACGACAAAUUUGUCCACUGCCAGCGAAAUUUGAACUUAUCGAUGCUCUUUUGCGGUUGAAUCUUGGAGAACAAGUUGACGAAGGGACACUAGAAGAAAGUGAAAAUAAGCAGCGACUGUCGAUCCAUCGAUUUUUGUUAAGCAAAGAACCCGAAAAGGCUAUUCCUUACAUUGAAAAAUUGAAAGUAAGUGAAUCAUUCGAGGAUCAAGUACUCCUUUCGGACAUCUUGUUUGCCACUGAACAGGACCCGUUACCGUAUUUGGUGAAAAUUGCGAGAGAACGUCCAAGAUGUAGUCGGGCGUUCUACCUGAUUGCUGCAUGUUUGAAGCAGAAGAAUUCAAACAAGGCGAAGUCUUGUGCCGAACAAGCGGUGAAAAUUCGACCCACUGACGAGGAAUAUGUGAAGCUCUUGGAUGACAUUCUGAUUCAAAAUGACUCUGCUGCUAGUGAACGAAUCGCUGUGUUGGGCAAUCUUCGAACUCGACCAAAUUGGGCUCAUCAACGACUCUACACGCUGUUCCUUGAGAUUGGAAAAGUUGAUGAUGCUAUUCACUCUCUUCAACAUUUGAUCCGAGUCUCGCCGGAUGAUGCUAGUUAUUGGAUGACUUUGGGACAGGUUUACCUACAACGCGGAAGUUUACAAGCAGCUGCAAAUGCUUAUUUGGAGGCGAGCAAGUUGAGGCCAGAAGGAGAGUACCAGAUUCCAAUGUUGCACGUUCUCCUCCGAUUGGGUCAAUACACGCAAAUUGUCGAGAAAUGUGAUGAGUGGAGGCGGAAAAACGAAGAUUCGAUGAAGAGCGAGGUGUCUCAAAUAGCAAUCGACAUUGUUCAUGCGCAAGCCUUGUUUCAAAUUGGGAAAAAUGCGAUUGGAAGUGAACAAAUUGCUCAUUUGAAUAAAAUCUUCACUAUACUUGAUGGUGUAUUGGAGAAGCGACCCCCGUAUGCGACCAUCUACAAAUUGGCGGCUGAAGUGUUGACGUUUUGUGUGGAUUUUAAUUGGGAAGUACUAAAGGAGAUGAAGAUACCUGAAAGUUUUUCGAUCAAAUCACCCGCGGAUUGCUUGAAAUUGGCUGCGUCGAUGUCGUGCAUUGUGCUCUCACUCGAUCGUUCAUCAUCUGCGGCCUGGGCUGAUAUGGGAAUCAUUUUGACGAGAAGAGCGCAAAUUGAGAAAACAGGCGAACUGGCUUUAAAAGCAAUUGAUUUCCUGAAACAAGCAAUUCGUCUCGCCGGCGACAAUGAGAUGCGCUCGAUGUACUGGGUGAAAUUGGCUGAAGCGACGAGAAUUGCUGAGAAACCACCGAAUCAGCAACAACAUUGUCUUAUUCGAGCUCUUGAGUUGAAUCGAUCAAAUGCGGAAGCGUGGUGCAGUUUAGCGAUUCUUUUUGGAAAAACAGGAUUUCAUUUCAGCGAGUUAUCGAAGAGAUCGUUUGAAUCAGCGAUGAAAGUGGAUCCAGAGUGUGCGGUGACUUGGACAGGAUAUGCAUUUUUGGCAUUGAGCGACUCGCACGUCGAGGGAAGAGAUCGAGCGAUUGUUGAAGAUUUGAGGAAAACCGCAGUCGAAUCAUUCCUGCAGGCAUUGACGUAUAAACCGGCGAUGGUUACUGUUGAGAAUCUGUCUGAUUUGCUCGCUUUGUCCGAAUAUUCAAUAGAUCCGACGUCUUCACGAGUUGACUUUGAGCGAGUGCUUGCUUUACAAGAUCGAGAUGGUUGCACAGAUGCUUCUAUUCUUCGAUUGGCCCUUUUGACUGAGCAAUUUGGAUAUUUUGAGGACAACACGAAACUCUUGGAUCGAUUAAAGAGCUUCCCACUUGCUAAAUAUCAUCGAAUACGGACACAAUUAUUGCAAAGCAAAUGUGGUGAAGAACAGAUUCCUGCUGAACUAGCUCCAUUGGCCGAGUUAGCGGGCUCAAAAACGGAAGAACUUUAUGAUAAAAUGACAACGCGACUGAAAUAUUAUCAGGAAAUUUUUGCAAAGUUGCCAACUGGAGAGAAUCUUGCAUCACUUUGUCGCCUCGCUGAGCCACCGAUUCACGUUCCACUCAUCAUUGCGUACUUGUUAUUCAAGAAAAUGGAAGUGCCCAAACAAACCGAAACUGCUUUACACAACAUGCGACCGCGACAUCAACUUUUGGAUGUUUGGCCUACUGAGCUGGAUGAAGAAAUGUCAGAUGAGUUAAAAUAUCUCGAAGAGGAUGGAGAAGAACCGUUCCGUUUAAAACAUCGACUAGCAAAGGAGUUGUACAAUAGACUGUUCGAGUUGCGGCAAAAAUGGUUCGCUGAACGUCCGCCGGUGGAGAAAAAAACGAAGAAUUGU